AGUUAGAGUAAUUAAACUAAUUCCCUUCGUCCACUCCUCGAGAGAUACGACACUCGGAGAGAAAACUAACCCUUUAUUGGGAAGGUUUACUACCCGAAAAAAAACUACAAUUGUCAAAUGGCGCCGUUGCCGGGGAGUGGCACGACAUUAGUUUAAUUUCUUCUGAUUCGCUUGGGUGAAGAUUGGUUAGAACGAUCUUCUCACUUCUUUUCACCAACCACCCGUAAUAAUUAUUAUGGAAAACCCCAGUGGCUAUUACGGUCCGCCUUCUUUCUACCAAUCACCAAACCGCCCUCCGUACCACACCCAUUCACCUUACCACCCACAUCAGAACCCAAAUGAUGAUGACUACCAAGUCGACAAUGGGUCUGACUACUAUCCCUACCAUGAGGAACCACCUUGUGAUACCCCGUCUAGAAACUUUGGAUAUUCUCCAUACCAAGAUUCUGAUGAGGAUAAUUAUUAUGAACCUCAUGGUGACCAAGAUGACUAUGACCAAUUUGGGCCUAUGUACGAUGAUCAAUCUGAUCCACUUGUCGAAGAGAUCAUAAGAUUAGAACAGAAAAUUUUCUAUUUCGACGAAGUCUUAUUUGCUGAAGGCUCCUGGUACGAACCACCCUACUGCCGUGACUACACCCUGUUUGCUGAAGAACAAAUCGAAGCAAACAAGGUGGCAAUUCGAGAAAGAGCAAAACUUCUCAAAUCAGUCCGGAAGGAAAAGGAGUUCGAAAGGAGAUUAUGCGAAGGAUCAGAAAUGAUGCAGAAAAUGCUGUACGGCUUUCAAAGAGAGAGACUAGAAGCUGAGUCUAAAGCCGAUAAAUUAGUCAAUGAUCUCUGUAUGGCUGUUGAACUUAAACGCUCCCUCCAAUCUCAAAUAAGGGAGAUUCAUGUUUAAAAAGAGGCUCUAGAACCUAAGACCAACCCUGAACCCAUCAACCAACAGAAUAAACAACACCUCCUCCGCCCCCAAAUCAUAAAAAGGUUUUAAAGGAAUAGCCGGUGGGCUUCUUGCAAAGAAAGGGAAGCGUGCUCAGCCUUCGACGAGUUCAAGUGGUACAAUAGUAAACUCGCACAACGAACUUGCUAUGUACCAAGAGGUGCCAUGCGAUUACGACGAGGACGACGUGGAGUUUUACGUCCUCGGAUGGUGGAAGCGGAACGAACACAUGUUCCCAUGUCUUGGAAAGCUAGCAAGACAAGUGUUGUCCGUCCUGGUAUUAACCGUAGCUGUGGAACGAGAAUUCAGUGCUAGCGGCAACAUUCUAACCAACUUUCGAAGUUGUCUUAACGCUGAAUCUCUUGAAACACGUGUUUGCAACCAAGAUUGACUCUUGGCAAGACGUCGAGCUCAAGAGUCAGGGUACGAAUUCAAUUCGGAGCAUUACAUGAAUGCAACCACAGAUGGAAGUCCGAGUUCUGAGGAAUAAGUUAUAAACAUUUUU